CAUGCCCACACAAAACUUGCUGCAGUUUUUUUUUAUUUUUUUUAUUUUUUUUAUAAGUUCUGUGCCAACUCCUCCAGCUUUACAAAUAUGAUAAGGGCAACACUGCUAGAACUCUCCCAACACUAUGGACUCAGGAUGGAGGAGCCGUUGCAACAAGAAAUACAAGAAUUGGAUGAUAAAAACCCAAAUGAGGACCAAGGCGGGAUCCGUCACCGUUUGCGGGACAGAGAGCUUCUCAGGAAGAGAAGGGCUGAAGCAGAAGAGAAGGAAACUAACCAGUGGGUUUUUGGGGAGGAGAGUCAGAGGAAAAGAUCAAGAGCUGGGCAGAAGAGUGGCGCAAGGAAAAGAGGGAGGCCCCGGAAGACUGAAGCCUCAGUGGAGACCGCCGUCACACAGGAUGACACCACUGUGGCUCAGGAACCUCCAGCCGUCGUGGUAAUACCUGAACCUGUGGAGGUCAUCUCAGAUCAAACACAGAGUUCCCUCACCCCCUUAUUUACUGUGGGUGAGGUCGCACUGGAAUCACAACCUAUUCCUGUUACCCCUGCCCCUGUGCCAAUGCUUGCGUCUCUGCAAACCCCUGAUCCGGCUCCCCCCCAGAGCUCUCCUGCUCCAGUUCCAGUGGAUCCAAUCCCAGCUCUUGGUUCACCUUCAGUUCCUGUUUCAGUCCCUGCUGAAGUUUUAGAACCACCUCCAAUCCCAGUCCAGGAAUCAUCUCCUGCUCCAGAGGCUGGUUUACUUCCAUCAUUUGCUGAAGCUCCUGUUCCAGCUUCAGCUCCUCCUCCUCCUCCUUCAGAUCCUCCUCAGGUGAAAGCCUUCUACACAGAGACACAGGACAGGGAAGCACUGGACCAGGUCCUGAUUGAAGACUUAGGCCCAGAUGAGGAGGAAGACAUUUAUCCAUCUCAAGACAAGAGCGUAGAUGAAGAUUUGAGUGACAAAGCUCUAAAUGGUGCAUCAGAACAAACUAAAAUCUUCUCAAACCCAACCUUGUCAUCGCCAUCGCCCCCCUCCUCCUCCUCCUCCUCGUCAGGAAUAUUUCCCAGGAAAUUCAUUCUAAUUUUCUGAAACACACUUUUCAGAUACUUCCUCAGUUUGGAACACGUGAACCAGAUGACAUCCUGCUGUCUGUAUCUGAACAUUACUGAAGCGAACAAACAUGCAUUGCUUAUUGGAAAAAUGUAAGAAUUCAAACCCAACUUGUCAGUGUAUUUAUUCCUGGUUUGUUCAUCAAGAAUUCUAUUUUAUAUUUUGCAUUUAUUACACUGCAAAUUUUGCUUGCUUGUAUUUAAAAGUAAAUUAUAUAAAUCACCGGUAAAUUAACUGAUUUGCUGGAAUUUUGUAAAAGUUGUUUUUCAAUGAAUAAAAUACAGUGCUUUC